AUGCUUGCUUCCCUCGGAAAACCGAGAGAAGAGAUUCCGUACGAAAAUCAUGAAGAACAGCGAGUAGGUAAAAAACCCCAGUCGCCAAAACUCUAUGAAAACAGUGAAGAACAGCGAGUACGUAAAAAACCCCAGUCGCCAAAACUCUAUGAAAACAGUGAAGAACAGCGAGUACGUAAAAAAACGUAG